AAGUCGUACUAGGUAGAGGUACUUUUCCUGGUCAGGCCAUUGUUAGCGACCUACUGCGACUGCGACUGCGACUGCGGCCAUCUGACGAUAACUGAACAAACCCAAAGGCAACGCGACUGUUUGACUUGGCUCCCGCUCUUCAACCAUACCAUCCACCACCACUGCGCAGCUUUCUCGACUUCUAUCCCCGAGCUUUAUUCUCUGCUACCUAUUUUCCACGAAGAAGCUACCACAGUCAUCAGCUCAACGCUACUCCACGACACAAUGUUCUCUUCCUCGAAACCGUACACGGCUGUCACUGUCGACAUCGAACGAUUGACGAGUGAGACAUUCGCCGAAGACGAUCUCAGCGGCAUCCCCGAGCUUAUCGAAGCCAUCAACCUCCAGGCUUCGGGUCCAACCGAGGCUGCCCGUGCCAUUCGCAAGAAACUCAAAUAUGGAAACCUGCACCGCCAGCUCCGAGCCCUGACCAUUCUCGAUGCUCUGAUUCAGAAUGCGGGUGCCCGCUUCCAGCGCUCCUUUGCGGAUGAACCCCUCCUUGAGCGCUUGCGCUUCUGUGGUACCGCCGAGCUGUCGGACCCCCUGGUGAAGAAGAAGUGCUCCGAAUUGUUUCGCAGCUGGACUGCCUACAAGAGCACUCCCGGCAUGGAGCGCGUCGCGAACCUCUACAGGGAACUUCCCCGUCGCAAGCAAGUCGUCACCCAAGAAAAGUCCAAGGUACUUAAGGAGACCGAGAACCCUUUUGGCGAAGACGAGGAGGAAGAACGCCAGCCAUCAGCAAGCACCUCAACUGCCCAGGCCCACUCAUCAACCGCACAGCCAGCUUCCUCGUCAUCGCAUAGGCCGACGGUAUCCAGUUCUAGCGGCCAUGGUCACUCGUUCAGUCGAUCCGGCAAGGACAAGUCAAAGAAGAGCAGCAGCAAAUCCAAGAAGCAUAGGCCGUUCAACCUCGAAGCCGAAAAGGAUCAGAUGACCAGGACUAUCGCCGAGGCGUCCAUUGCCUCGACGAACCUGAUGAACACUUUGCAAUCCAUCAAUCGAGAGAAGGAGCGUAUUUCGGAGAACUCGACUGCAGUGGAGCGUUUCGAAAAGUGCAAAAUGCUUAGAAGGAACAUCUUGAGAUAUAUUCAACACGUCGAAUCCGAACAAUGGCUAGGAGGCCUUCUACAUGCCAACGAUGAACUCGUCCAAGCGCUCAUGACUUUUGAGCAGCUGGACCGCUCUAUUGACGCGGACAGCGACUCGGAUGAUGAUCUCGCUGAGCAAGCACAUCUUUAUCGGAUGGCAACUGAAAAAGCUGCCAAAGCCAAAGAAUCCGGCGGGAGCGUACCCGGCAGUCCCCGCGCCCCCGUUGCGGGCAUGGCUGGGCUCAGCAUCACCAACACCCCUGCGAGCCCACCACCAAUGCCUCCUCGUCCUGCGCCACCUCCCCGACCGUCUGCGGCUUCGAAACCCUCAAUGUUGAAGCCGCCUACAAGAAGGGUGGAACCGUCUGAUGACGAGGAUAGUGAGGUGGAUGAGGACGAGAACGAUCCGUUUGCUGACCGGAAUGCUGUCUCGACCCCUAAGGUGGAGAGUGACGAGCCCAAGUGGUCGUAGGUUGGGUGGACGUGGAUAGCAUGGCGGGGAUGAAGUGAUGAUAAUACGACAUGGAUACGAAUUGAGUUGCUACUUGCUUACUGGAUAGCUAUCUGCCUGGCUAGGAAACAUCUUUAGCGACAGCGAGGGACGAUAGUAAUGGUACGGAGGACUAGAUCGAGCAUGGAAAGCGAAACACUUCGCAGCAUUAUCCUGAGUUGUUUUACCAAGUUUAGCGACACAUGGGAGGGGAAU